ACUGGAAAUCGUUCUGUGCGGUCGAACAAAUUAUAUACGUAAAUAAAUAUAUUUAUACGUGAUAUAUACGCAACUUGCCAAGAAUGGCUGAAAAUUUGGAGUUAAGUGAUAUGUUUGACUAUGGGUAUUUUGCGGAUUGUCGUAUAUUAAAAGGGAGAAAUAAACCAACAGUGGUAGUUCCAUUAGAUAAGACUGAUCUUGAGAAGCUCAAUGUAGAAUUCCUAUCGAGUAUUAAGCAUGAAAAUAUUGCUGAAAUAUAUAAUACCAUAAAUUUAAAAGAAGAUGAAUACCUCGUUCAUAUACUUGUGGAAUAUUCGGAUUGUGGAUCUCUGAGUCGUUACUUACAUGGGGAGGAGCAGCGAGAAUAUACAUUUAAAGAUUUGCUCUCCUGGAUGCAUCAGGCCUCCAAGGGUCUUCAAUACAUCCAUUCCCGGGACCCUAUACCGUCCUUUCGAGAUAUAGAACCCGGAGGACUUAUGCUAUCCAACAGCUUUGGUACCCUAAAAAUCUGUGGCAUUCAUCAUACAACCAUAAUUGACGAUAGCAUAUAUGCAUCACCGGAGGUGCUAACAGAAAAAAAUGCGAGUCACAAAUGCAACGUAUUCAGCUUUGGUAUUAUCUUUUUGGAGUUGAUGUCACGCAAGUUACCUUUCCAACACUUAAUAUGUUCAGUUUAUGAUAUUAAAGAAUAUGUUUUAAAAGGGGAACGUCCGAAACUUAAUGAAAUACGAUUACAAAACUGUGAGCAGAUCAAGGAAUUAAUUGAAAAAUGCUGGAAUUCCGAACCGGAUAUGAGGCCCUCAAUGGAUGAGAUAUGCUCAAAAAUCGCACAUUUUCUUAAAAGUGCUUCGGAUCAAAUCAUAAGUUCUAACGCAGGAGCAGUUUGGGACUUUAAAGCAAUUGUAAUUGGCGAGGAAAUACAAAGAGGAAAGUUUGGCGUUACGUCCAAGGCCACGUGGUAUUCUCAGACAAUUGCUGUAAAGGAAUUGAAACACAUUAUCAAUGAAAAUAUCGAAUAUCGAGCCAUGCAGCUGAAGAAUUUAUCACAUGAUAAUAUCGUACAUAUCUUUGGAAUCGCAAUGAAUGGCGAAUCUACAUAUUUACUUAUGGAAUACGUAGAGGAUGAAUCCCUGUUUAACCGUGUCCACAAUAAAUUGAUAGAAAUUACUAUCGAUUCGGCUAUGAAUUGGAUGUAUUCUGCAGCGGAGGCCAUCAAAUACCUGUUUUGUGAGAUGAAGCUAGACCCCCGUUUCCUUUGUAAUUUGAAGACUAAGAAUCUGAAGUUCAUUGAUUGCUUCAUAUACUUGAAAUUAUGUAAUUUUUGUCUUGCGUUUGACGAUGAAAAAGUGUUGAAAAACAAUUUAGAUAAGUCCUAUAUGGCACCGGAGUCAAUCAGAGAAGGAGCUUACACGGAGCAGAGUGUCAUAUAUAGCUUUGGUAUUAUCUUCUGGGAGGUAUUGGCACGCAAGAAGCCUUUCGAUAAAUAUAAAACUCCAUUACAGAUUAUGAGCGCGGUCGAAAAAGGUGAACGUCCGCCUAUUGAAAACAUAGCUGAAAUUACCUCGAGUUCAAUAGAAACAUUCAUUACAAAAUGUUGGCAUCAAAAACCGGAAGAACGAUACAAAAUGGAUGAAUUAUUGAUGUCACUGCAGAAUCUGAAGUCAGAAAUCAAAAUCUAUGAGAAACCGGUUGACAUCGAUUUUUCGGAAUUAAAUCUAAAUAUUGUUACCGAAAGUCAAUUUGGUAUAAUAUACAAAGGCGAUUAUCGAGAGACGGAGAUAGCAGUUAAAAAAUUUAAACAAGUUUUUAAGCACAAUAUCAAGAAAGGUCUUGAAAAAGAGGUCACUCGUCACUCACGCUUGAACCAUGAGAAUAUUGUAAAACUAUAUGGUAUUACUUAUGAUAAAAAUGAUAUUCUACAUUUAGUCAUGGAAUACGCUAACUGCGGAUCCCUCUACAACUAUUUGCAUGAUGAGGAACAGCGAACGUACACAGUUAAGAAUUCCCUCCACUGGAUGUAUCAGGCGGCAAAGGGCAUUAACUAUCUACUGCAUGGAAGAACCAUGUCAGAAAUACAUUGCAAUUUAAAUUCUCAAAAUAUGUUGCUGUUCAAAAACUGCAGACUCCUGAAAAUUAGUGAUUAUUGCUUUCCUGGCGAUCGAGAUAAUCUUUCAAUCCAUCAAAAUAGGGCUUAUUUAGCACCAGAAGCUCUCGAAAAGAGAGAGUAUUCAAAAGAGACCGACAUAUAUAGCUUUGGUAUUGUAUUUUGGGAGGUGAUGACACGCAAGAAGCCAUUCCCCGAUUUGGAUACAUCAGUAGAAGAAGACAUCACUAAUGGCUUACGACCGGAUCUGAAAGAUAUAAUUGAAUCAGAGUAUAAGGACAUAAUAAUUAAAAUAAUUGAAAGGUGCUGGGAUGGAUAUCCAGAAAAACGUCCAUCAAUUACAACACUGAUCGAUGAGCUGUAUAAACCUGAGGCGUUUGAAGAAGUUGCUAGGUGUGAAUCUGAAGAAGCUCCGGCCGUAGACCUUAGGGAUAUUGAUAUGGGAAAGGAAAGUGUUGGAAAAGGUACCUUCGGCGAUAUCUAUAAAGCUACUUGGUUUAAGAAAGAGAUCGCUGUACAGCAAUGUACAACGAAAACUUUUGGAGGGGACGAUUUUGACUCAGCAGAUCUUAAAAGAUGGUUCCAACAGCUUUCUCGACUUAACCAUGAGAAUAUUGUGGAACUAUAUGGAAUUGCCUUUGAUGAGAAUCAUAUCUUUAUACUAAUGGAUUCCCCAGUGUGCGUAUCGCUUUACAACUAUUUGCAUGGAGAAGAACACUUUGAGUAUACAGUGCUGCGAGGACUCAAUUGGAUGAGCCAAUGUGCUAAGGGCUUAAAUUACUUGCAUACCAUGACACCAAGCCCGUUGUUUCAUGGUCGUUUAUCGCCACACAACCUUCUACUACCGAUAACCAAUAAUUACCGAAAUUUGAAAAUUUGUGAUUUUGGCAUUGCUCAGGAACUGCAAUUUUCAUUUACUCCUUACAAUAACAUUUCUUAUUAUAUGAACAAAAAAAUAUAUACAGGAUAUCCACGAGAAGAAUCAACAGGAGUAAACGUCAAAGGAAUUAUAAGUCCAAUUCAGAGCGACAUUUUUAACUUUGGAACUAUUCUAUGGGAGGUGAUGUCACGCAGGAGAGCUUUGUUUCGAAUACGCUACAACAUUGUGAUGCUGGCUUAUUUGCCACUUAUUAUUAUAGAAGGUGCAAAACCGAUUGAAGGUAUAAUACAACGUUGUUGGUACCCGCGUCGGAAAGAAAAAAAUCUAGAAAUGGAAUGGCUUUCUUCUGAACUCAAAAAUAUGGUCAUAACAUCGGAAAAAUCACACAUUUAUCAUGUCAUGAAACAAUUGGACGAAGAAGAGUACGCUACGCUCGCAAUAGAAAACAUAAAGGAACGAAUUAAGGAACGAAUUCCGGAAAUUGAGCCAAAAUUCGUAGAGAAUGUGGAUUUUAACGAUAUACAAAUUUGUGAGAUCCUUGGACGAGGUUCAUUCGGCGUUGUUAACAGAGCUGAAUGGUCUAAUAGAACUAUUGCAUUAAAAAAAAUUACUCCCCAAAAAAAAUCAAGCCUUCAUGACAUUAAGAAUGAGAUCAAGUUUCUUUCUGGUCUUUGCCACAAAAAUAUUGUGAAAUUAUAUGCCACCGCGUCGCAUUCGCAGUCUUUUUAUUUACUCAUGGAAUAUGCAGAAUGUGGAUCUCUCUACGACUGCUUGCAUGGAGAAGAUCAACGUAAAUACACAAAGUCAGAUGGUAUUAACUGGAUGAUUCAACUUGUUGAGGGUAUAGCUUACAUGCAUAAUUGCAGAAGUAAGCCCAUUAUUCAUCGUGAUUUGAAAUCUAAAAACUUACUAUUAACCGAUGAAUUCAAAAAUUUGAAGAUUGGUGAUUUUGGCACUGUAAAAGAAUUGACGACAUUAAAUACAGAUUCUGUUGGCACGCCCUCUUAUACAGCUCCCGAGGUUUUCACUGGACAAAGAAUGUAUACAGAAAAAUGCGAUAUUUAUAGCUUUGGCAUUAUUCUUUGGGAGGUAAUGUCACGAAAGAAGCCUUUUGAUCACCUUGGGAAGUCCGAGCCGAUGGCAAUGCUACGUUUUACUGCCGAUGGGAAUCGACCUUUACUGGAUGAUGAACUUAAACACAAAUUUGGUGAGCCUUUAGUAAAAUUGAUUGAGGAUUGUUGGCAUCAAGAUCCGAUACGACGACCCACUGCCAAAUCAAUUGAUCUUUCUGAAGUCUCACGUUCUGAUGAUCAUAUUGAAAAAGACAUCGCUAAAGCACCGUAAUUAUUACAAUUAAUAUUCUGCUCAUUGAAUGUCCUGUUGGUAAUAUCUAAGAAUAUCUAAGUAACUGGCAAAUUAACCAAACAGUGACCCCUACCCCUAAUUGCGUUUCAACCCACAUGUUGAACACCCGUUGUCACACUGAAUUAAUUUAACGCUUCGUAUGGCAUACAAUUUAUUUACAAAAAUGUUUUUAAAAUUAAUGAGAUACCUCGCAAACAGGGCUGGGGACUGUAAAGGUGUCAAACAUUAACAAAAAAAAGAAUAAAUAAAUUAAUAUAAACAAUUUUAA